AUGCUCCGAAGAAAUUCCAAUCGCUCGUUUCUCUGCCGUUUUGAUGAGCUGUUGAAGGAAUUCAACGACCGUUACCAAGAUUUAGAGAUGAUUUCAGAAACAAUUACACUUGUUGCUUCUCCACAUUUAGUGGAAACCGAGAGUGCACCAUUGCAUGUUCAAAUGGAGAUGGUCAGGUUGAAGAAUAAUGAGCAGAUUGCGAAGAAGUUCAAAAAUGAGAAAAAUCGGCUUGACACUUGGAGAGAUGCAGUUGAAUAUCCAAACCUGCAAGAACUGGCUAGAAAAACCAUCGUUCUUUUUGGCAGCACUCAUACAUGCGAGGCAGCGUUUUCAAGAUUGAAGUUUCUUAAGAACAAGUAUUGA